UGGGACGCGGGUGGCAGGUGGCAGGAUGGCGGAGCGGUGCAAGUACGAGGUGCUGGGGCUACCGCCCCUCGCGGACGAGGAUGCGAUCAAGAAGGCCUUCCGCAAGAUGUCGCUCAAGCACCACCCGGACAAGGGCGGCGACCCGGAGAAGUUCCACGAGCUCCAGCUCGCGAGUCAGUUCCUCCUCGACCCGGCCAACAAGCGCAAGUACGACAAGGAGCUCAGCAACAUUUCGCUCGCGGCCAAGCAGCGCGACGAGCGCAAGAAUGCCAUGAACGAAGCGCGCAAGCGGGCAUACGAGGACCUGCAGCGGCGCGAAGACAUGGCUGAGAAGGUCGCCAAAAAGCCCAAGCACGCGAUGGACGCGCUGCGCGAGGACGCCCGCCGGCGCGCCGACGAGAUCGCGGCCAAGCGCGCGCGGGACGCUGCCGAGCGCGCCGCGACCAUCGGCCGCCCAGCAACGACCAUUGCUGACGUCAAGCAGCGCUCAAUCCGCGUCAAGUGGAGCAACCGUGUGGCGUCGCACUCGGACCAGACGCUCGUCAACACAUUCCGCAAGUACGGCGAGAUCGAAGCCGUCAAGGUCAAGACUAAUUCGGCGACGCUCGUCUUUGCCGAGAUGACGGCGGCGCUCUCGGCAGCCCGCGCCGAGGGCCACAACACCGGUCUCUGGAAGGAGGUGACGCUGGUCGGCCACGCGAUCCCGAUGGCGAGUCCGUCAGCGUCGCCUGAGAGCGCGGCCACGUACGCUGGCACUCAGAUCGACAUGGAUCUCGUCGCGAGUGCCGAGUACGAUCUUAUGGAAGCGUCCGUCAUGGCGUAUCUCGUGCAGCUGACGGGCCACGCCAACGUCGCCGACUUGUUGCGAUAGAGACGUCGACGAGUAGAAGAACACGACGCUGAAUGUAAUAUAUCUAUCGAGUAUGACACAGGA